UAUUUAUUACAAUAAAUCUAUCGAUAAAAACAAUACACAAAACAAAAAAUAUCUGUUAUUUUCAAACAACUAUUUACUGUUUAAUAACAAAAUUAUUUUUAAUAAAACUAUUUUUUUGUUUCAAUUUGUGUUAAAUAUUUUGAUAUAUAUUUUUCGGUGAAUUAUUAUUAUUUGGCCACCAAUUGAUUCUCCCGUUUUUAGUAGCAAUAAAAACAAACAAACAAAACCAAAGUCAUGUCGUUGACCACUAAUAUCAUUGCCGAUGACAGCCGCAGUCACCCCGUGAUUGAUGAGGACAUGGAUAUUACCGCAGCCGAUGCCGUCAAUGAUGGCCAACACGUUGUGAACCCAACUACUACUACUAGCGAACAGUUGCCGUCGAUAGUCAAAAGCCAUUUGCCACCACAUUUGCAACGAUACGCCGGCGGUGGCCAACAACAACAAAAACAACCGCUACGCGACUCGACCACUACUGGUGCCCAUAAUCCCGGUGCCACUGUUCCCGGAUCGACGCCAGCAAUGGUUAAACGCCGCCAAAUGACCAAAUGGUUUAAUUCGCCGACCGAUGCCUUUCUCAGUCCGUGUACACAAAAACUAUGGAAACCGAAACACCCGACAACUGGUCAGUCGGCUAUCGGAUCGCUAGACUUGGACUCUGGCGCUGCCGAUGACGAGGAAGAAUAUGCCGAUGCUAUUGACAGCCAACCGAUGAACCAGCAGUAGGUCAUCCGUUAAGUGGUUGAACCGUUAGGUUAAGAGGACAGACACACACACACACACACACACUGCUAGGCCUACCGUAACCUCUAUUGUUAGGCUAAUACAUAUAUACACACACACACCUGUCCUCUAAUGUCACGCUAUUUGUUUUAUU